UGCAGUCUCGCGUAAGGAAAGCAUAAAAACAACCGCAUAGCAAAGCAAGAGAUCGUACGGUCGGUCAUCGGUCGAGGGUGGCAAAAAAUCUUGCAAAAUUUGGGAUCUUUAUCAGCCGUGUCGUUAUCAGUGUGCAAACGCAAUUUUGGUGUUUUUGGAGGUGCAAUUCGGACGAUUAAUUUAAUUCUAUUGCUGAGUAUUCUCUACAUUCGGUGUGUUUUGUUUCGUUGCGUGAAAUAUGGUAGUGUUUAUUUUUGGGUGAAGUGCACUGUUUUGUGAAUGCUCUCAUUGUCUUUAGACGUUUCAUUGUAAAUUAGGAGAAAGUUGGAUACAUCUGGUUUAGCUUAAGGAACAUUUUUUUUAUGGAUUAUUCUUGAACGUGCAAUAAGUGUGUUGCUACUGAAUCAAAUAUUACUGGAAGGGCGUGAAAGUUUAUUGAAGGAAUUCCUGAAAUGGCUGAUGAUUACUAUGUGCAUAACAAUGUCUCGAAUAGUGACGAUUCGGAGUCAGAGCUCAAUCUGAGCACCCCGGAGCUUAAGGGGUAUCUGAGUAAGUGGACAAAUUACAUCCACGGAUGGCAGCCCCGGUUCAUUGUGCUGAAGGAUGGUACUUUAUCGUACUACAAAAGCGAACAGGACAGUGACUUUGGAUGCCGUGGAGCAAUCAGCCUGCAGAAAGCCACGAUUAAGUCACACGAAUUCGAUGAAUGUCGGUUUGACGUAUCCAUUGGACAAAAUGUUUGGUACCUACGCGCGGAAACACCCGAAGACAAACGGAACUGGAUUGAAGUCCUUCAGUCGUACAAAACAGAAUAUCCCGAGACGGUCAGCCUUCGGCGUCAUGGAAGCACCAUAUCUUUGCAGUCCAACACCUUAUCCACGGCUAGCGGGAGCAGCUUGAAGCGCGUUAGCCGUGGAUUGCGCGAGAAAAUGCACGAAAUCGAAACUUAUCGGGAUAUUCUAUAUGGACAGAUUGACACCCUUCAACGCUAUUUCGACGUUCUUCAUAAGAAAAAUGUAGACAAUAGUCCCCUCGAUUUGGGUGACGGCUUGCGACCAAUAGAUUUCAAAGGAGAAGCAAUAACAUUCCGAGAGACCACUGCCGGUGUCAUCACUACUUUGCAGCACUGUUUAGAUAUCAUUUCUCAAAAAGAGGAGAGUUUCAAGAAAAAGCUCGAUCGGGAGGUCGACAGACGGAGGAAAGCGGAAGACCAAUACAGGCAAUGUAAAGAAGAACUUUCUAAAAAUAGAAAUUCUUCUAUACCAGGCCCCGAUCUGGAGGAAGGCCCUCAUUCGACGAUACCAGAAGAUGAGUUCUUCGAUGCGGUGGAAACAGGCUUAGACAAAAUAGAAGAAGACCGGCAGCUUCGUGUUCGUCUGAAAUUUCAAUCUCAACAGUCACAAAUCAGUACUACCAGUUCUGUUCUGAUCAACCAAGAGACUGACGAUAGCAACCAACAGUUGGAGGACUUUGGAACCGGUGCGCAGGCUCGCUCGCACAAAUUGUGGCCAGAAAUUGACAAAAUCUGCACGGAGCAAUUGUUCCAAGCCCGGCAGGGCGUGGGAGAUGGCGGCAACGGGUGGCAGCUGUUUGCCGAUGAAGGUGAAAUGAAAAUGUACCGCCGGGAAGAGGAAGUCGAUGGAAUGGUGAUCGAUCCGCUGAAGUCCUGCCACGUGGUAAAGGGUGUAACGGCGCGAGAAAUGUGCCACUACUUUUUCGACCCCGCCUAUCGGAACGACUGGGAAACUACGCUGGAAGAUGUACAGAUAGUGGAUAAUGUAGCACCGGAUACAUUCGUCUUCCUGCAAACCUACAAGCGCAUCUGGCCGGCCAGUCAACGCGAUGCUCUGUUUUGGUCUCACAUGCGAAAAAUCACCGACAAUUUAGACGAGGGCGCACAUGAUGUCUGGGUGGUGUGUAAUCAUUCCAAUCAGAACGAAGAGUAUCCGCCUGCAAACCAAGGCAAAUGCGUCCGCAUUUAUUUGACAGUGAUAUUAGUUUGUCAAACAUAUCUAACACCUGGAAAGGAUAGCAAAACCGCGACCCGUGACGAUCUGACGUGUAAAAUAACCUACUGUUCCACUGUGAACCCGGGCGGAUGGGCUCCAGCUACCGUGCUUCGUGCUAUCUACAAGAAAGAAUAUCCAAAGUUCCUUAAACGCUUCACCGGAUAUGUGGUCGAUCAAUGUAAACAUAAUCCGAUCCUGUACUAGUGCUCGUAAGUUAUGCGCGUGUAGAUGGAGAAUUGUGUGUGCCUGAAUAAUUGAAUUAACCCAGCGAAGAUUGGCCAGCAGCCAGCAGUCUUCGUCAAACGAGUUCGCUGGAGAUGUCAGCCGAACGAAAUAGAUCACAUAUGUAGGAGCAGAGUAAAUUUUAGGGAGAAUUUCGGCGGCGAGUAUUGCCACUCGUCGUUUUGUUUUGUAAAAUUCUGAUUUUGUUGUUUGAUAUUGGGUAGACAAUACUGACGUAAAUCUGAAAUCUAUUCUUUAUUAUUGAA